AUGAUUCCGCCUUUAGUUCUUUUUAGACGAUUUUUGAUUAUCGGUAUCUAUCUAUCUAUCUAUCUAUCUAUCUAUCUAUCUAUCUAUCUAUCUAUCUAUCUAUCUGCGAACCCGCUCGAAAAGUUUGUAAAAAUAUUUUUGAUACAUUCUGUUUAUCUAUCUAUCUAUCUAUCUAUCUAUCUAUCUAUCUAUAUGGUUCUUUCUUUCUUUUUUCUUUCUUUUUUUCUUUCUUUUUUUCUUUUUUUCUUUCUUUCUUUCUUUCUUUCGUUCGUUCGUUCUUUUUUCUUUCUUUCUUUUUGUUUAUGUUCCCAUCUUUCUUUUUCCACUUUCAUUCUUUUUCUCUAUUACGUUUCCAUCUUUGUUUAUUUGUUUCUUUGUCCCUUUUUUCUUUUCCCUAAUCUCUUUUUUCUCUAUUUCCAUCUUUCUUUCUUUCUUUCUUUCUUUCUUUCUUUCUUUCUUUCGUUCGUUUUUUUUUUCUUUCUUUUUUGUUUAUGUUUACAUUUCUUUUUCCACUUUCAUUCUUUUUCUUUAUUACGUUUCCAUCUUUGUUUAUUUGUUUUUUGUCCCUUUAUCUUUUCCCUAAUCUCUUUUUUUCUCUAUUUCCAUCUUUCUUUCUUUCUUUCUUUUUUUCUUUCUUUCUUUUCUUUCUUAUCUUCACAUUUCAUCUUUAUUUUACUUUAUAUUCAAUAUUUCUUUUCUAUCUAUCUAUCUAUCUAUCUAUCUAUCUAUCUAUCUAUCUAUCUAUCUAUCUAUCUCAGUAUAUUCAUAUCUAUCUAUCUAUCUAUCUAUCUAUCUAUCUAUCUAUCUAUCUAUCUAUCUAUCCAGCUUCAGCGUUUCCUUUAUUAG